CGACUACGUUGCCUCAGCGGCAGAUAUCACGACUUGUCUUCACGUCCACGACUACGUCACAUCCCUCUUGUGUCUAAUUGUACACGAUCCAUCUGAGAGAUCCUUACACUCUGCACGUCGACGACCUAACACCUACUGCAUCUCAUCGCCAUGUGCAACUACAUCUACAAGGAGUUGAGCUGCCAAUACACAAAACUGACUUGUCGUCCAGCUGCCUGCCGCGAACGUCGGCAGCCCAGUAACCACCCUUGGGCGAAGUUGAUCCAGCGCCCCGAGUCUCGCAUGUCAUGUUCCCCAGUUUCCAUGCAAUGAGCGCCAUCAACAUGAGUGGCCAUCGGUUGAAGCAGGCGCGUUAAAAGGUCACUGUGCCGCAAAAUCCCACACCCCACACUCGACCGAUACAACAAAUCGGCCCACCAACAACAGCUCUACCGAAAUGAGCUGAACAUUUAUAUUAUUANUAAGUUCUUUAU